AUAUAAGCGCAGGUAACAGAGGGCGGCGGGUUAUGGUUGCUUUGCUUAUGUGUUAUAUACUGAUUCUGGAGGGAAGGUUGUCAGGUCUCUCUCCCCAUGAUGAGGAUGAUUCUAAUUCUCCUCUUCAUAAAGCUGGCGGCGGCUCAGCUCUCCUACAGCAAUGAGGUGGUGCCCGUUAUGCCCAACAUGCCCACCAUCACCGGGCUGGACGUGCAGUGCGAGAAGGAAGGGAUGACGGUCAACGUGCAGUUCAACCUUCCCUUCAACGGGGUCAUCUUCAGCAAGGGGCACUUCUCCAACCCCAACUGUCGGUACGUGGCCGCCGGCUCGGAUCGCUCAAGUUACACUCUAAGAAUACCGAGCGGCGAGUGUGGGUCGUCCAUGUCGGAGUACGCCAGCGGGAGCGGCCAGAGCACCCGCAUGACCAACACCAUCAUCGUGCAGAACGACGCCGCCAUCCAGGAGGUGUGGGACGUGGCCAGGACCAUUAAGUGUGACUGGGUGGAUAACUACAUCAAGACAGUCUCCUUCAACCCCUUCAGCGUGGGGAUGCUUGAUGCCCAGGAGGUCCAAUUCGAGGGUGACCAGGCAAUCGAGUGCUGGAUGGACCUGCUGCAGGGGACCUGGCCUGACGUAAGCGACAUUGACCCUGUGGUAAAGAUUGGCGAGACUCUCUCCCUGCUGGUCUAUGCACGUGACAACAACGGCAUGUAUGACGUGAGCAUCAAGGACUGCUACGCCUACGGCAGCCCCGACUUUAACGACUACGACACGCCGCGCAUCCAGCUGACGGACGAGCAGGGCUGCGUGCUCAAGGACAAGCUAAUCAGCGAGUUCUAUUCCGCCAGGGAGAAGGACGACCGAGGCGAGGUUAUCGUUACGUAUGCGUUAGUCCAGGCCUUCAAAUUCCCUGACGUCAUGGACGUGUACAUGUCUUGCAACGUGGAGAUAUGCAAAGGAGAAUGUGAUAACAAGUGCGGCGCGACCGAUUACGUACCGACCCCGUCCCCUCCCGCCGUCACCACGCGCGGCCCGAUCCGUCGCGGCAGCACGCUGUUCGGCGAGCCGAUUUACACCACCAAGCCAGCCUGCUUCCCAGGCUCCACCGACCCGAGCUGCCCCCAGCCCACCCCAGAAACCACCGCCCCAACCGUCCCCACCACCCCCGCCCCUAAAUGUGUCCCGGGAUCCCCCGACCCUGAGUGCCUCAUUAACUUCCCAGAACAGAGCCGUCCGUCCACCUAUGUGUGUGUGGACGGGAGCCAGGACCCACUCUGCCAGCACCCCGCCGCGCCCGUCACCAAGCCCCCGACACCCCAACAGUCCUACGCCCCAACAGUACCGUCCUUCAGUUGUGUCCCGGGUUCCACAGACCCACGCUGUCCCCCACCCACCACUCCUGCUCCUAACUGUUACCCUGGUUCCCCAGACCCACGCUGCCCCAAACCCACAACCCCCGCCCCACCAAAAUGUUUCCCAGGCUCCACAGAUCCACGCUGUCCAAAGCCGACCACCGAACCCCCACCUAAAUGUUACCCAGGCUCCCCUGAUCCUCGAUGCCCCAAACCCACCACCCAACCCCCUCCUAAGUGCUACCCAGGCUCUACAGACCCACGCUGCCCCAAGCCCACCACCCCCGCCCCUCCCAAAUGCUACCCAGGCUCUACAGACCCACGCUGCCCUAAACCAACAACCAGUCGGCCUAUUUGCUACCCCGGCUCCCCGGACCCUCGCUGUCCGAGGCCCAAGCCAGGAACACUAAAGCCAACCAUCAUUACCACUUCCAAACCCACCCCUCGCCCCACGCCUAAGCCCACUGCACGCCCCACUUAUCGCCCUACCGCACGCCCCACUUAUCGCCCUACCGCACGUCCUACUCCCCGCCCCAAGCCCACCCCUACCCCAGAACCUACAACUGAGGGUCCCGGUGAGUACCCAAAAGGCUCAAUCCUCUUCCCAGCUACCAUCACCACCGCCUCCCCCACCACCCCACGCACUAACCCACCAACAGUUCCUACCCGGGCCCCUCCCAAGCCCUUCCUCAAACCCACCACAAAGAGGCCAAACCGGGGCAAGCAGCUUGAUUCCUCGGCUGAGGGAGCCAAACCCGAACCUAGCGGGAAGGAGUGGGAGGGCGAGGCGCGCUACCAUGCCUUCCACAGCUUCCAUUACCAGCGUGGGGAUGGCAGGAGGCGCCGUGUGUUUGGGGAACGGAUUCCUGGGGACCGAGACAGCAGCACUAAGUCCCGUCGCUCAAGGUCUGCGGAUGAAAUAACGCGUCCGUUGAUAGCAAAGGUCCCCAUCCGUCUGAGCCGCGCCAUGUCCGUUCUUGCUAUCGGGGAGUCGCUUCCUGACGCAUCCCUCCCAAGGGCCGAGGCGCAGACGUCCAUUGACCCCCUUCAUGACGAUCCCCUGGGCUCCGUUUGCUUCCCAUUGACUAUCUUCGCCGCCGGGAUGUUGACGGUGCUCCUCCUCCUCCUCUUCUCCUCCACGACGGCCCUGGUGCUUUACAUUAAGAGGGUUUCGUACAAAGGAGAGAAGGAUCCGCGUCGUUAUUAGUGUUCCCUU